AUGCGAGAUUUUCUGGACGUUUUCUUCUCUCUUUCUUUUCUCUCUAUAAACCUUGUAUUCAUACACCGCUACACUUUCUAUUCGCAUGUUUUGUUUUUCUUGUUCUUUCUUCUCGUCGGGAAGACUCGGUUGCAGGCGUUUUGGGCAGACAGGGUGUGCAUGAUGUGGCGUCGAUUGGGGCCAUGCACCCAUCCGCCCCCCGGCACAGGCUACUCUUGGAGGAAAACUUGGCAUAUACCCAUGAUUGGGUCGGUUUGGAAAUUGAAGCGCGAGCUGUCUCUUUCUCUAUUGCACUUGCAGUGA